UUCCUUCGUGCAGUCGGAGUCAACACGACAAUGACAGAUAAUGAUGGCUGAUGGACUUUGUAAAGAUAAUCCUUCCAGGAGGGUGCGGAUGAAACCGCAGAAUGAUGCAGAAAAACACAUAAGACUGAAAGCUGACAAGGCGGGUCUUAGACAGGUGUAUGUGAACUCUUACAAAGGGCGAGGCAUCUUUGCUUCAAAACCUUUCAGCAAAGGAGAUUUUGUGCUAGAGUACAGAGGGAAACUACAUUCUCCAGACAAUCCUCCUGUCAUCGAAACAUACAGUGAAACUGAAGCAACAUAUCUCUUUGAUUUUCAAUGGAAAGGGAAAUCUUGGUGUAUUGAUGCAUCUCUGGAGGACCAGUCACUUGGAAGUCUGGUGAAUGAUGAGCACAAAACCCCAAAUUGUAAAAUGCGACAAAUUCAAGUGGAUGGCAUGCCGCACCUUUGUCUCUUUGCAAUCAGAGACAUUCUGCCAGGGGAAGAGAUUACCUGCAAUUAUGGAGAAUCAGAUUGGCCUUGGCGCAAACAGCUGCAGUUUUCCACCUCUUCUGUGGCCACCCCAUCACCAGGUGACCACUCAGACACCAGUCAUCAGUCGCUGGUUCCUGCCGAACAUGUGGAGCACUCUUCUUCCAACGUCAAUAUGAACCAGCAGAAAAACGUGGCAGACGCAAAUGGGAAGCAGGAGAAGUUUGUUCUGUGGAGAAACAUCUGAUGAAAUUCAUCAGAACAUUCAACGUUCCUGCCAAGCGCGACUGCAUGCUAUGCCUACAAAAUGAACCAGAGACACUGAAGGGACGAACAUGGACAGAUGUAAAAACUAUGUGAGAAAUAGAAUCACUGCACUGAAGAAGCAGACAAGCACUUAAAUAAUACUACAUGUCUUCUAUCUACCAUGUUAAGGUAAGGUAAGCUAGACAAUGUUCAGUUUGGAAGUUGUGGUAGGUUCGGUAGGUUUUAUUAUUAAUUUUUAUUUUUCAUUGCCUCAUUUUUAUAGAUUUGACUAACCAAGUCAUUUUUUAUGUACUAAACAUAAGAAGAAAGAAAUAUGUUGGUAGAAACAGUUCUGGAAGUUCUGGAAGCUCAAUGUUGUCCUCAGCUUCAAUAUGAAAUGAAAAUUAAUUAAAGAUCAGUGAGGCUGC